AUGUUCGUCGGUGAUCGUGGUCACGGUUUCAAUUCUACUAUCAAAGGAUACCUGCGUUAUGGUGGACAUUGGAAACCAAAAAUUCAUAGCCGUUACACUUCUGUUUGUAUUACAAAUGAACACAAUACGUCGCAAACAUGCUUAUUUCGCUUUUCGAAAACAAGUCAUCCGAACCGAAUAGUUGAAGAAAACGGAAAGACUAUAGUAAAGCCAGUAAAUGGAACCAGUAUGUGUUACAAUCCGGAGUGCAUAUCUGUUCGCAAUGGACAUUCUCACAAAGGAAGAGAUUCGUUGUCAUCCCUGGCCAUAGGUCUUACUGGUCUAGCAAAUUUGCUUUUUAAAACAACUUUUCCGGCAUUUAAUCCGAACAUCAGUCAAUUCAAUACUGAUUUUAACCAUUCUGCUCGAGCUUUCCUCAAUCGAAACGUUAGUGGGCAUGCUAUCGAUGAUAGCCAUACUUUUUGUAUACAAAAAAUAGGAGUUUAA